CAAGUAAUUGGAUUCAUAAAGAUCAUUAUAUGUAUUGUGUCAUAGAUUUUACCGGUAAUUGGUACACAGCACAGAAAAUGUGCUCCAGUAUAUCAGCUCACCUGCCAGUGGCAGACACAGCUGAAGCUUUUAAAAGAAUUGGGGAUGUAACAGGAAGAUCCAACGACAUCUGGUUAGACGGUACAGAUGAACACCACCCUAAUCAAUGGAAGUGGCAAUCAACUGGGUUAGAUUUCAGGUUCCAACAUUGGGCUAUUGGUGAACCCAACGAUGGCACAGAACAUUGUUUAGAGGUUGUUGCACGUACAGAAUGGCACUGGAAUGACGGACAUUGCGAACAAACGGGGCGUGUCAAUAAACUAGUAUGCGAACGAUAUGAAUUGACAGCUCAUAAUGUUAUUGGAUGAAAUAUAUCGAUUAUUGAUUCAAAUAUCACAUGACUUUAUACAACAUAGAUGGACUUUUUCAUAUC